AGGGGCGCAUGCUCGGCGCCCCCGCCCCCCGCAGGGAGAGGAAGCUGGUUUACAUUCGAGUCAUACCGAGCGUAGCCAGCAUGUCAGCAGUCAACUUGCAGCGGGGGAGCCCGGAGAGAGUGGCUUUGUCCUAGGAACCUGCUGCGCGGGUUGCUUUUUCACUGCUUGUUUUCAGCCUCCAAGACACGCCAGAGACUCUGAAGCAGUUUUUAAUGCUCAACCGAGGAUACAGUGCACAUCCCAUCCACCAAGGAACCCUCGAAGGGUUUCCUGUGAGUCUGACUUCGUGUGUGUGUGUGUGCAUUUUUUUUUUAAACUUCUACAUACUUUGUUUUGCUCAUCCUCCUCGGUUUUUGUGAAGUUCUGAGAGGAGAGCCUGGAGCUGCUCAGCGACGACUGAAUUUUGCAACUUUCUCUUUUGGGGUGAAAGCAAAGAGCUGGUUUUCUUUGUAGCCCAAUAAAUGCUGUUUAUGAAGAUGGACCUGUUGAACUACCCAUACCUGGACAAGGUGGACAACAGCGUCAGCAUUCUGUGCUAUGAAGGUGAAGCUGCUCUCAGGGGAGAGCCCAGAAUGCAGACCCUCCCGGUGGCCUCGGCGCUGAGCAGCCACCGCACAGGCCCUCCUCCCAUCAGCCCCAGCAAGAGAAAGUUCAGCAUGGAGCCGGGGGACGAGGACCCAGACUGUGAAAGUGACCAUGCCUCCAAGAUGAGUCGGAUCUUCAGCCCCCACCUGAACAAGACUGCUAACGGAGACUGCCGCAAAGGCCCCCGGGAGCGUAGCCGCAGCCCCAUUGAGCGGGCUGUGGCAUCCGCCGUGAGCCUGCACAGCAGCCACCUGUAUGCGUCUCUCCCCAGCCUCAUGGAGCAGCCCCUCGCACUGACCAGGAACAGCGGGGACGCCGGCAGGCCGGCCGGUCUCUCACCCACCCUGACCCCUGUGGAGCGGCAGCAGAACCGGCCCUCAGUGAUCACCUGCGCCUCUGCCAGUGCCCGCAACUGCAACCUCUCGCACUGCCCCAUUGCGCACAGCGGCUGUGCAGCGCCUGGGCCCACCAGCUACCGGAGGCCACCCAGUGCUGCUGCCACCUGUGACCCGGUGGUGGAAGAGCACUUCCGGAGAAGCCUGGGCAAGAACUACAAGGAGCCCGAGCCAGCACCCAACUCAGUGUCCAUCACAGGCUCCGUGGAUGACCACUUCGCCAAAGCUCUCGGUGACACGUGGCUUCAGAUCAAAGCAGCCAAGGAUGGCGCGUCCAGCAGCCCUGAGUCGGCCUCGCGCAGGGGCCAGCCGGCCAGCCCUUCUACUCACAUGGUCAGCCACAGCCACUCCCCCUCCGUGGUCUCCUGAAGGGGGUGCCGUCUUCUGAUGCCACAGGGACCUGCAUGGUUUGCCUGAGCUUUGAACAGACAGUGCUUAAAAAACAACAACAAAAAGUCCUGGGGGGAGGGGGGAGGAGGGGAGGGGAUGGUGUCUUCGCAAAAACCAUGUUGGGGUUUUUGUUCUGUUCUGUUUUUGUACUUGCUUGAUGUUCGUACAAGGGGCCCUCCAGUGUGGCAGCAGGAACGGCGUGUGGACAGUGGUUGCAUAUAGCACCCUCACUUCCUGCCUGGUUACCAAAGAAUCCUCUGCUGCAGGUCUGCCACCCGCCGGGCUAGGAUCCCGGGGCAUGCUCUCAGUCACAAGCCAUAGUGACGUGGGGACCCGGAUGCUUUGUGCUUCUUCCAUUUGCUUCUCGAGAUCCGGGUGUGCGCGGCUCCACUUCCACUGCGUGCAGUUGGGGUUGGUCAGGGUGCGUGCGUGUGUAUACUUGAAGAGAGCUGUCAUGUCUGAUUUUGCACUAUUGGAGGAGGAACGGGCAGCUGCCUGUGAGGUGCUAGUGAGGGCUGAGAAAGGGCUCAAGAAUGGCGUUUCUGACCAUGCGUUUGAUUGUGUUGUUGAGUUUAGACAAGCCGCUUUGGCAGGGGAAGCUGUGUACAGGUUAUGUAUGGGUCUUUCUCUCUAGAUUUCAGGUGCUUGCAACUGGACUGCAGAUUCUACCAACCACGGGCAUUUACCUUCUCUCUACACUGCAGUUUGUUAGACUAGCGCCGAGGCCGGAGGACUCCAUAGUGCUUCAAAUGUGACAUUUUAACGGAGAAGAAAAAUAGCUGGUUUCUAUUAACUGUGUAGACGGUAGACACGAACCCUAGUGCUCAUUAGCUUCUCAGAUGUUUAUCAGUUGCAGUCCUCCAUAUCACUGCUGGUACAGUUGUGCUCUAUGAUUUGAUUCAAUGUUCACUUCACUCACAGGGCUUACUGUGAGUAAGCCCUGGCUGAGCUGGUGGGGUGGCACCGCAGGCGGACAGCAGAGCUGAUUUCUGCGUCCCCCGCUGCUUUAUUAUGAGCUCCCAGGGCAGGUGGGAAUUGAGUCUUCCGACCCUCACUCCAGACUGCUCCCUUCGAACGCUCUUGACUGAGCAACAGGUUGCUGACAUUGCGAACGCACGCUGGGCCAAGGCUGUGUACAUUCCUCUGACUUUCCAGUUGCCCAUCGUUUGCUGUAGUCAUAGCUACUAACCAGGAGGCAGAAAAAAGCGGACAGAUGCGCCGGGCCACGCCUC